CCAUCUGGUUACAUUGGGUCAUUGGAUGCACAUAUAUUGGGUAAUGGUGGUUAUUAAAUUAGUAUAUAAGUCUAGUCUAUUUCUAUUAUAAGUAUUUGGUAAAAAAGAGUAAAAAAUGGCUUCCUUGGUGGCAGAUUACGAAUCCUCUUCUGGUUCAGAUAACGAAUCUGACAGCGUCUCUGAAGACAGUGAUAACAUUUCUAAGGAAAAAGAAGAGGAGGAUUCGGAGAGCGACAACGAGGAUCCUGAUAAAGAAUCCGCUUCAAAUGAAAAACUUCCACUACCCACACCCGACUUCAAUGGCACAGUUAUUCCAAAAACUUCCGUUUUCUCGAAUCCAUUCGUGGAGGCAGAAAAGGCGAAAAGCGCCAUCCUGGAGAAGCACGUUAAAAUGACACCCACCCUGGAUGACACGAAAAUGAUAAACGGCAGGAAAAUCUGCUGGAACUAUCGAAAAGGUCGAUGCCGAUUUGGUCACAACUGUACCUUCGCACACGACUCUGAUCUGCAUCGAACAGCUUCCGAAUUGGAAGCCAUAAGAGCCCCACAGGAAACGCUGAUUUUUCAGACGCCUUACAAUGGUCAGAUCAAUGUGAUUGACGAGGAAGAGGUGGAUCAGGAAAAUAAGCUAAUGAUCAAGCGAAAAAAGAGGCCAGGAUUGAGCCAAACUCUAGUGCCCGGGAAAAAGGUUCUGAAAAUGUAUAAAACGCAACAAGCUAAGGCAGUUGGUAGAUAAACGGGCCUUCAGUUUCAAAAGAUUAGUUGCAAUUUAAAUUUAAAUCGGAGAAACAAAAAGUAUAAUCGAAUAAUUCGGUUGUUAAUCAUUGAAAAUUUAUUUGAAUUUACCUUUAAAGAAAAGUAGAGAUAGUGUUAACAGAAUUAUUUAACUAUAAUUAGGGAUCACAGUUGUUUUUUUUUUUUUCUAUUCCCCUAAAGAUACUUGGCUAUUAUUCUAAUAUUUACUUAGCAAACGUAAAUAUGGAAUUUAUAGCUAAGACAAUUUCAAGGAAAUGUAAUUAAAAUUUGGUUUUUAAAAUUUAACCAUAAAAAAUAGGUUUAGUUGACGAAUUUCAAACUAAACUUUUUUGAAUUUAGAUAACAGUUUAAAGUUAAAAUAAAUUUUGGGACGAAAAAGUAUCAAGAAUUAGUUAUUAAUAAUGUCUUUUUUUUUUUUUUUUAAAGAGAAAAUAUUGUUGAUUGUGGAAACGAUUUUGAACAGAUACAAAUUUUUUAUAUACAAUACUGAGAAUCCAUUGGAUGACUAUUAAUUUGUCAAAUAUUAUUUGCCAAUGGCGACCCGUUUUCGAAGAAAUCAAGUUUUAAUAUUUUUUUUGGUCAGGGAUUGAAAUUUUUGUUUAUUAAUUUGAAAAUUUCUUUUUAUUUGCAAU